AUACUGUAUGUGUCUAUGUUUGUGUGUAUAUAAGCAACAGAUAUAGAGAGAAGUGAUUGUUGAAAGGGGUAGAGGUUGGUAUUUAUUGAAAGAAGACUGCAGUGAUAGGAGGAAUGAGGGGAGGAUAUGGAAAGGGAAGAGGGGGGAGUGGCAGGAAAGAAAUUCUAGUUGAUAUUUAGGCCAGGGAAAUUUGCUCCCGGGAAGCAGAUACAUAGCAGACCCUGUGCAAACUGCCUCCAAGGAUCUCGACGGAACUCUUCUUGAUCCCUGUCCUCCCCAGAAGAGAAGAAGGAUGAGCACUGUGGGCAAAGUUAUUAAAUGCAAGGCUGCCAUUGCCUGGGAAGCAGGGAAACCCUUUUCUCUUGAGGAGGUUGAAGUGUCCCCUCCAAAAGAUUAUGAAAUCCGAGUCAAGAUUAUUGCCACUGGAGUGUGCCGUACUGAUGCUCAUGCCAUGAGUCUAAGUUUUAAAGAAGGCCUGUUCCCAGUCAUACUAGGACAUGAAGGAGCUGGGAUUGUGGAGAGCACUGGUGCAGGCGUGACUAAAUUUAAACCAGGCGACAAAGUCAUUCCACUCUACCUCCCUCAGUGUGGACAAUGCAAGUUCUGCUUGAGUCCCAAAACCAACCUCUGUGAACGGAUCAGCAAAGUGAAGACACCAAUUUCUGACCAGGACCUGAUGCUUGAUGGCACUAGCAGGUUCAUGUGCAAAGGGCAACAGAUAUACCAUUUCAUGGGAACUAGCACCUUCUCUGAAUAUACAGUUGUAGUGGAAAGCUCCCUUGCCAAGAUUGAUCCUGCUGCUCCACUGGAUAAAGUGUGCUUGAUUGGCUGUGGAUUUUCCACUGGUUUUGGGGCUGCCAUUAAUACUGCCAAGGUUGAACCUGGUUCUACGUGCUCUGUGUUUGGCCUGGGAGGGGUCGGCCUUUCAGCUAUCAUGGGGUGCAAAGCAGCUGGAGCCUCUCGUAUCUUUGCAAUUGACAUUAACAAAAGCAAAUUUGCACUGGCAAAAGAGUUAGGAGCCACUGACUGUCUGAACCCUCAGGAUUUCAAGAAACCUAUCCAAGAGAUUAUAGCAGAAAUGACCAAUGGAGGAGUCGAUUUUGCCAUUGAGUGCAUUGGAGACAUUAAGGUCAUGAAAGCUGCCCUUGGCUGCACCACAGUCGGCUGGGGCACCUGUGUAAUUGUUGGAGUGUCUGUGGAUGAAGAAGGAUUCACUGUCUCUCCCAUGGAGCUGAUAAUGGGCCGGAAAAUCAAUGCCACAUUUUUUGGAGGCUGGAAGAGUGUAGACUCUGUACCAAAACUAGUGACAGAUUAUAUGGCAGGGAAGUUCAAUCUGGAUGCUCUAGUGACCUACACCCUACCUUUUGAUAAAAUCAAUGAAGCUUUUGAUCUUAUGCGUGAGGGGAAAAGCAACCGAACUGUAUUGGUGUAUUAAGAAUCCAGUGUACAUUUUGAAAGACAGGAAGACUAUUGAAGUGAGACCUUUACACAAAUCUGUGUCACUGAACAGUUCAUCUCAUCAUGCAUAUUUUCAAAAGCGUGCAUUUACAAUACAUGAAGGUAUAACAAGAUCACAAAGCAAUAGCUCUAUGCUUUAUAGGCAACAUUAGCUCUUGUGUGGUGGUUAUUCAUUCUGGCAUCAGUUCAAAUUGUUAUCAUCUUUUCAUCUCUAGGUAGAUAUGAAUGUUGUGUUGCGUGGGUAUGUUCAACAUUUCUACAUGUGGAUGAGCAGAGAUAGGGUCAUGUGUGUAAAAGCACUUUUAGGCUAAAUCUAUGUGUAUUUUAAUUAUGUCUAUAUGGUAUAUUUAAUGUGAUGUUGCAAUAAAGCAUAUGCAAUAUGUUUUCUAA